GCUUCCUUUGGAAGAGAAGAAACGGACCAAAGAAACCUUUGCUUCAUAUCUAUUUGAAAAAAUUUGGAAAUGACUCAACCAUAUAGAAUGAAGGGUCUUCUAUUCCCCACCCAAUCCAUCUCCCUUUCACCGUCUUCUCAAGGAAAGAAAGUGAACAUUCGCCCAUUUCGCUUCCUUCCCUUGCUCUUGUUGUUUCUCUAUGCAGCUAGUUCGAUUUUGAAUCUAGCUGCAACACAUCCAUCAAAUCCCAUUGUGGAAACAAGCAAGGUUUUCGAUUCCUUGAAGACGCAUAUCUCACCGAAGGAAAAACGCCUUGAAGUCCAUGAAGAGAAAGGUUCCAAGACUUCCAUUGCUUGUUCAUCUUUCAUUGAUGGUGAAGUAGACAAAAGGAACGUAGUCCAUCAAAAUGGAUUCCUUUGCUGCGACCGUUCGAAUCAAAGAACGGACAUUUGCUACCUGAGAGGCAAAAUUCAAACGGAUUCACCUUCAUCUUCCAUCAUCAUACAUAAUUCAGCGAAAGAAGCGUGUGAGAUUCAAAAGAUAAGGCCUUACACUCGAAAAUGGGAAACGUCGAUCAUGGAAACGAUCGAUGAGAUUGCACUCAAGCUCAUGAACGGAAGCGAAGCAAGCCACCGACAUUGCGACGUCAUCCAUGCAGUCCCUGCCGUGGUGUUCUCGACAGGUGGUUAUACAGGGAAUGUGUAUCACGAAUUCAAUGAUGGGCUGCUUCCACUCUACAUAACGAGUGAGAGGUUUGAAGGAGAGGUGGUGUUUGUGGUGGUGGAGUAUCAUGAAUGGUGGAUGAGCAAAUAUGGAGGAAUAGUAAGGAAGCUUACUAACUAUCAGGUGGUGGAUUUCAAGAAGGAUAAGAGGCUUCAUUGCUUUAAUGAGAUGAUCGUAGGGCUGAAAAUUCACGGAGAGUUGAGCAUCACUCCAUCAUCAGGUACAGGCAAAGGAAUACAAGAUUUCCAAACACUCAUUGGUGAAGGAUUGCUAGGAUUGACUACAACAAAGCAAGCACAACUCCUCCCUACUAUCCACAAAAGGCCCAAACUGGUAAUCUUCACGCGAAACAAAUCAAGGGUCAUGAUGAACCUAAGGGAAAUUGUAAGGACAUGUCAACGGAUAGGAUUCGACGUGCACCUUGUCAAUCCAAACAGAAACACCCAACUAGCCGAUAUACACCGCCUCCUCAAUUCCGCGGACGCAAUGAUCGGCGUCCAUGGUGCAGCCAUGACUCAUUUCCUCUUCAUGCGGCCUACUUCAAUCUUCAUACAGAUUGUUCCACUUGGUUUGAAGUGGGCCGCGGAAGAGUAUUACGGAGAGCCAGCUAAGAAGCUUGGAUUGGAGUAUAUGGAGUAUACGAUCGGCACCGAUGAGAGCUCCCUUUCGAGGCUGUAUGGCCACAACGAUCCUGUUUUAAUGGACCCUCAAGUAGUGAACGGUAAAGGAUGGGCUGAGACUAAGAGGAUUUAUCUUGAGAAUCAGAAUGUAAGAUUAGAUAUCAAGAGAUUCCGAAGAUUGCUUGAGAAGGCUUAUUCUCAUAUCGUUAAGUUGCAUUUGAGGUCCCAUGAUCAUUCCCGUACGUGAUCAACGGUCAGGAUCGGGAAGGUGGAAGGUGGGAGAUGUGGAUUCGGAUUUCAUUUAGUGGGUCCUAUUUGUGGAUGGGCCAUGGUUGAAAAUCACAUAAUGGUGGCCUUAGAUGGAGAGUAAAUAUAAAAACGGUUAGUUGUUAAUAUUCAUUUGGAAAUUUUGAUGGGUAGGAUGGGUCGUUUGGUGCGAUUUUCAACCACGGGCCAUCCCCGGGUAGUGCUAAGUAGAUGGGUGGUCUGGAUCCACUGAUGAAUGCACUUUUAUCGAUUAUGGUCCACCAUUUGUUGUAUUUCAUGUAAAGAUUUACAGGAUUAUUGUAGAAUGAUUUAUAAUGUAUGAUAGUCGGUUUA